CGUGCUAUUAGUGCUUGACAGUGUUGGAUAACAGUGUGACUUAUGGACGCAGUUGAGCUUGACCUGAUUCCCAUGCAAUUACUACGCAUGCAGGGGGUUGUGAUUCCUAUGUUGAUGCGUGGUAAGAGUCAUGGAUCACAGAAACAAGAGAACUUGUGUUCUUUUGUAGCAUCUCCCAUUAGAUCCUUGCCUGCGGUUGAGUGCUAUUAAAUGUGCCUCCUAAUCCAGCCUAUAUAAGCAGCUCAAAUCCUACGAGGAGAUGGUAGAAAGACUGGCACUUUGAGAGCUGAAGUGCUGCUUUGGUUCGAACUCCAUGGUGUCGGUGUCGGUGUCGCUGCAAGCGGCCCUUUCGCCGGAGGAGAGGAGGACAUGCCCCGACCUCCAGGAUUUCUUCUCCAGGAAAAGGAAGCGCAGAGAUGGAGAAGAGAGCCAAGGUAACAAGGAGCCCAAGCUGGUGAAGGACGAGGAGGAGGAAGAGGACACCGAGCUGGAUCUCGACGCUCCCUUGCCUUCGGAAUGGCAACGCUGCCUCGAUCUCAAGAUUUCGAUUGUGCAGUCGGGAGCGAUACACUUCUACAACACCAGGACGCACCGGAGGACCGCCAUGGAUCCCAGGCUGAGCAGCUUGGAGCCACCGAGCUCGCGGCCGAGGCUGGACCUGGAGCUCAACCUCGAGCCGCCGGGGAGCCACCUCUACGGAGGAGAAGGAGAUCUGGUGAAGCAGGAUGCAUGCAACUCCGAGGACGACGAGAUGGUGGCGACGGCCUGCAUGCGCUGCCACAUGCUGGUCAUGAUGAGUAAGGCAUCCUUAUCGUGCCCCAGCUGCAAGUUUGUGCACCCACCAAAUCACAGCUUCUCGGCGUUGUGCACGCCAGCUUUCAAGCUUGUGUGUUGCAAGGAUCAGUACUCCAAUUAGUCUUCCUUACGUAUCUUUAAUAUGAUGUAUAUAGUAUUACAAAGAGGCAGGUUUUGGUCAGUUUAUGUUCAGGUGGAGCAGCACUCUUUGUUCAAUGGAUUCACGUUCCUAAAUAAAGUAGCAGUAGAUGACUGUUGGAGAAGACAAUGUGUCCCUGUGCCUGUAACUCUAGUCAUGUGUAAUAAGACAAAAGUAUAUUUAGUGGCAGUCAAUGCUUUUGCUCUGCAACCAAGUAGCUGCUGCAUCAGAAGAUGUUAAUGGUGCAAUCUCUGGAACCAGUAAACCCUACCAGACAGCUUAAUUGAAGGGUCUCUGAAGAAUUCUGCUUCUGAAGAAAACUCUGCAGCAAUGAUAGAGAAACAUAUCAGCGAGGAGAAUUCGUACUUGCUUGCUACAGGAUGCAGAUAAAUUGAUGAUAUCACAUGUGUGACUGAGCCAUGUAACCACCAUUGCACCAGCCAUGGAGUGCAUGUGAAAUCAUUGAUUAGGCCUUCCAGUGGUCGCCUAUCAAUGAUUUCUGGGGCAAUGAAUGGAGUUCUAUUAACUUUAGUUGACGAAGCAUUUUGGAGCUGCCCAUCCAAUGUUGAUAUGACAUGUAAUUUAAAUGGCAGUAUGAUGGUAAGUCAACUUCACACCAUCUA